UGGUCAAUCGAUUCGGUGCACACAUCGGCUGAUCAUUGGGGCUCAUUAAUGGGGAAAGCUUGUUCUUGAUUUAUAUCUUGAAUAUCAUUACUCAUUCAUCUAACUUGGAGACAAGAGGAAGAAGGAAUCGCUGAAAACGGAAGAAUAUGGAGUUUGAAUUUCUACAUCAAUUUUGUGACAAAAUUGGAUUGCGUUAUCGUGAGGCCAAUUUUGUGAUGUGCCAGUGUCUGACGACGGUCUUUUCGUUUGUUUUCCGUGCCUACUGUGGACCAUCUAAGGCUUCACCAACCACUCGCCAUGCUGUAUUUGCUGUGUUUGGUCUACUUUUGGCAGUGCAGGCUAUAGGAUGGGAGAUCUUACACCUGUUACUGGUAUCUACAGUUGGUUACCUGAUUAUGAACUUGAUGAGUCCUCACAUCAUGCAGUACUAUGCUUCUGGUUUUGCUAUUCUAUACCUAUCAGGAAUUCACAUAUGGUUUAUGAUCAUUGGUAAAGGUGUCAAUAACUUUGAUAUUGUUGGACCUCUAAUGGUUUUGACAGAGAAAGUAGGAUGCCUUGCUUGGUCUGUACAUGAUGGUAUAUCAAGAAAAGAGUCAGACAUGAAUGCCAUGCAGAAGAAAAUGGUUGUCAGGAGUAUACCAAGUAUACUAGAGUACAUGAGUUUUAUGUUCUACCCUCAAGGUUUACUUGUUGGUCCUAUCGUAUACUAUGCCGACUACAGUGUCUUUAUACAUGGUACCAAACAUAAAGUUACACAGGUCAAUUCAGACGGGAAGACAGUUAUUAUUUACCGGGAACCAUCUGCUGCUGUGGCAAUAAUGAAGAAAUUGAUCUUCACAAUAUUUUGUGCGGUGGUAUUGCUGUUUCUAGUACCCAAGUACCCAAUAAUGGCCAAUGUUGAUAAUGAUCACUUGGCAAAUAGUUCAUUCUGGUAUAAGAUGUUCUAUAUGAUGAUUUCAGUAGAAUUUGCCAAAUCCAGGUACUUCUUUGGAUGGGUGUGGGCUGAUGCUAUUCAUAAUGCUGCCGGUAUGGGGUUCAAUGGUUAUGAUGACAAAGGAAAUCCAAAAUGGGAUGCUGCCUCUAAUGUUAAUGUAUGGAACUUUGAAUUUCCUACGAGCCUGAAAGUGUUGUUGGAUAGUUGGAACCGAAGCACCCUUGUUUGGUUACGAUACACCUGCUACGAUAGAGUGACUUUUCAACCUGCCCUUGUGACCUUCUUGCUCUCAUCAAUCUGGCAUGGUUUCUUCCCUGGAUUAUUUGUAACAUUUCUAUCAGGUCAUCUCUUGUUAAUGGCUUCUAAAAAGGUUCGGGCAAAUGUCAGGCCUCUUUUCCAGGGGUCAUACCAGAGUAGUGCUUUUUACGAUGUCUUAACUUGGGCAACAACUUAUGUUACUUUAGCCUACAUCAUCACACCUUUCACCUACCUAAGGCUUGAUCUGUCUAUCAAAUUCUUUAAUUCCAUUUACUGGUGGCUUCACAUCGUAGCUAUAAUCACCCUCCUAGUCCUACCUGCUCGUAAAAGGUUAACCACCAAGAUAAAUGACGACAACAAAGUGAAUGGUGCCAAGGAUUCAUCCUCCUCCAUAGUUACGGGUCAAAGUAGGGGCGGAGUGGAAGAGGUCAAAAAGGAUUUGUAGAAAAUUUUGAAUUUCAUGAUACAUGCAUAUAUGUUUGGUUUUUAUAUCAUGUUCUUGUAUAUAUGUCAUUGUGCAGUGAGUGCAAAGUCAAGUCAUCACUAUUAUAAAGAUAAUAGUAAAGAAAAUAAGCUUCCAUGCUACAAGGAGUGAGAGAGAGAGAGUGCUAGAGUGGGAAGGAGGGAAGGGGGGGAUGAGAGGUAGAGGGAAGGAUAGAAGGGAGUAUGAGCAUCAUGGUCAUGGAUUCCGAUGAGAUAGAAUAUCUUGUGAAGUAAAAACAAAAUUGAUGUGCAGUUUUGGUAAAUGCUUUGUAUUCUUUUGCAGUUAAACUGUAAAUAUAUGUUGUUCUUUACAAAAGGACAUACCAGACAGCUCCAAGAUAUGUGUGUAUAUUUUUACAUUUGAAAUUGAAAUUACACUUGAAUUUGUUUCUGUGCAUCAGCACUGUUUAUAUUUACCGAAUUUUAUUUGUUUUGUUCCGAAGUUAACUGUGUGUGGAAUUAUGAUACAGACAGCUAAUGCAUUAUACAUAGUAUACAAUAUUUCUUUCUAUCUUCUUUUAAAGAAGAAGAGAAAGUCUGUAAAUAUUUCCAUGAAAAGUAGGUUUGCCCCCCCCCCCUGGUAUACACAUGGGGGGGGGGCAGGGGCUAAGCACCGGCUGUGACUCGCUUAUUCAAGGGAUCCCAGCUGUCUUGAAUUUCAGGUCAAGUCUCAGGCCGCCUACGCAUUGCAUGAUGGGAAGGUGCAGUGCAUAUUAGUCAAAUUGUAGCAGCAUGUGGAAUCGUUAAGUACAUGCUUUUGGUUAAAUUGACAUCCAAAAGGCCCUUUUUACAUCGACUACCUGUAUUAAGCUGGUUGACAGACAAUUUAUUUUGAAUUGAUAAAGGGACAAGAAUAUCAUACUCUACCCUUUUACCAUCUUACCACUUUAAUAGGUUGUCAAUGUGUAAUUACAUUGUUGGUUUGAAUGUUGUCAAUUUUUUUGUCUUGCAUGUACAUAUUUGAAUAUGUAUUACCACAAAGUGCACUUUUUAUGUUUUCACCAUUGGAAGCUUGGUUGUUACUACCUCAACAUACACAAAGAUAUUGGAAGUGGGUGUAUCCAUUAAGUUUUUUUUGUAUGAUUGGUUGUAUCACAAUUUAACUGUCCCCAUUGUUGCUAAUAAUACUUGCUACCACUAUGAACUCAUUACCAUGUGAAGUAAGUAAUAAAGGCUAGUGAUAAAGUUAAAAACACAAAAUGGCAGAGGCUGUAUUGUUAACCCUAUCUAGGCCGGGGUAUUUUGGGAGUUCCUAUGGCCGGGGGGGGCCUCCCAGGCCCCCCCUAAGA